GCAAACGCGCGUCUUCCCACCUGCAGCUUAGGCGCAUUUGGGCAGCUGGUGUUUUUCAAUGACAGUUCAUCGAGCAGAGAAAAACUUGUGGAUCUGUAGCCGGUUCACACCCGACUUGUCACGGACAUAAUAUCAACAACAGAUCAAGAGAGGCAAGAUAAGAGUGAGUUAUAGUGCCUGACGCUCGUGCAACAUCUGGAGAUCAGCAGCAUCAGCAGCAGUCAUGGGCAACAGUGUGUCCGGAAUCAGAGCACUGCACAGGGGACAGCAGAACAGAUUUCAAAGACUUCCAAACUCACAUAAAGACUCUCUGGGAGGACCGUUCCCCUCAACAGCUCACCGAUGCCACCACAAACCCAAACGCUGUUUACACAUGCAUCUGUGUGGAGGUGUCCCCGUGAGCCCCCUUCUCUUCCACCCCAACGCUAAAGGCUCUCAGAUAGUCAUGGAUCUAACACAAAGGAGCGUCAAACGGCAGGCCAGCUUCUGCAACGCCAUCACUUUCAGCAACCGGCCCAUUGCUCUUUAUGAGCAGGUCCGCUUAAAGAUAACUAAAAAGCAAUGCUGCUGGAGUGGUGCUCUCCGCCUGGGAUUUACUUCUAAGGACCCGUCUCGAAUCAAUCCCGACAGCCUGCCCAAAUACGCCUGCCCUGACCUGGUAUCCCAGAGCGGCUUUUGGGCCAAGGCCCUGCCAGAAGAGUUUGCAAAUGAAGGAAACCUAAUUUCCUUCUGGGUGGAUAAGAAGGGGAGAGUGUUUUACCGCAUCAAUGAUUCCAGCCCCAUGCUGUUCUUCAGUGGCGUUCGGACCACAGAGCCACUAUGGGCCCUCAUUGAUGUCUACGGUCUGACCAGAGGAGUGCAACUGCUGGACAGUGAAGUCGUCUCUCCAGACCUUCUCCGCCCACGAUCCUUCACCACAGUACGUGGAUCCGCCUCAUUACGACGUGAAGCAGACACCUCCCGCCUGUCUGUCAGUCUUUGCGAUCUUAACCUGCAACAAGUUGAUGCCAGGCUUCGACUCCCUCCCGCCCCCGUCACCUGUCCCAUUCCUCAAAAUUCCAUGAACUCCCAGCAGUCAUCACUGCUUCCUCACACCUUGGAAUGUGACCUACGUUUCCACCAGCUACGAGGUGCCCACAUCAAAACCCUUAAUGAACAGACUGUGGCCCGAUCCGAACACAACCGUGAAGAACGCACUCUGGUCUUCACAGAUCGCCCACUACGAAUUGGUGAAACCAUCUUCAUUAAAGUCCUUAAGUCCAGCCCUGCUCGAUCUGGGUCUCUCUCUUACGGUGUGACAUCCUGUGACCCAGCAGUGCUUCGCCCUAGUGAUCUCCCUUACAAUCCUGAAGCACUGGUUGACCGUAAGGAAUUCUGGGCGGUGUGCAGGGUGCCUACUGCUUUGCAGAGUGGCGAUAUCCUUGGUUUUCUGGUCACACAGGAAGGGGAAGUCAUUCUGAGUCAUAAUGGUAACAAUGUGGGGAUGCAGGUGUGUGUGGACAACUCGCGACCACUCUGGAUGUUCUUUGGACUGCAUGGUGCUGUCACACAGCUGAGGAUUCUAGGCUCCACUUUCUUGGGUGAUGCUCAUGACCCGUCCAGCCCUGGCUCACCCUCUGCCUCACCCCUUUCACCCUCAGGCCUGUGCAAUGGAAGUCCAGAGCCCAGUCUCAAUGAACGUGGCUGUUCUGCUACCUUCUGCAGCUCCACUGAAGGAACAACACCCAACUCACCCAUCAUUCUCCCUAAAUCCCCCACUUUCCCAUCUGCCUCAGGCUCAUGGCCGGAUGAGUGUUCUAUCUGCUAUGAAAACACAGUGGACACCGUAAUCUACGCCUGCGGACACAUGUGUCUCUGCUACACCUGCGGUCUCCGCCUCAAAAAAAUGGCCAACGCUAGCUGUCCUAUCUGCAGGAGAGCUAUCAAAGACAUUAUUAAGACCUACCGGAGCACUUAGGGGGGGGCCCUAACUCCCCAAACCCCAAGUCUCAUAGGGCCAUAAGGAUAUCUAAUAGAUCUCUGUUUCAAGAGAGGGUUGGUGUCACAGUUCAGGGACUUGCUCUGGCAAUGCAUUGGUCUCUGUUCCCAUGGCGCUGACGUUAUUAACCCUUGAACCUUCAAGGCUCAGGCAUCCAUUCACAAAGGUAUUUCAUGUAUUUCAUGCUCAAGUCUCUGUUGCUAUGGUAACCAGUGAUGUUGCUGCUUUUUAGAAGCAUCCGGCUUUUCAACUGACGACAUAAAAAAAUCAUAGACAGUAUCUCAUCGAAUUCAGGACAUUUCAGGUGACACCGGAGAUAAUCAAAGUUGCACAUCUCCCAUUUCUUCUUACCUUCUCUGUGAGCCAUAAUAGACUCUCAUUAAUAGCAUAGCUGCAUAUUCUUUAAAGCUGGAUUCAUAAUAAAUAGAGGGUGUUACAGUCCGUUUUUUUUUCUUCUGCUGUCCUCUCUAGUCAAACCAGCUAAGGCACUUUCACCAUUGAAAUUCAUACAAAAACGUCUCAGUGUUUCACAAUUUUUGUCUGUGCUUGGCUGAGACAGAAAUACAGAUAAUGAUGAACAGUGCUUUUCAUACCCCACUAUUUCAUUCUAAUUGUGUAACUGACAGCUUGCAUUAUUACAUGCUCUCAACUGAGUUCAUAUAAAGGUCUUUGUGCAUUGAUGACUAUUUGAUCAUGUGUUUAGUAAUGUAAUAUGAAGCUUUGGCAGGUAGUAGGUGAAGUCAGCUAAUGGUCCACUAUAAUUUCGCUUAUGCGUGCGUUCUAAAAGCAGGACCUUGUGGUAGUAUUAAAGAGAUAUAAUUUGUUAAAACAAUACACAGGAAUCAUUAACCAAUGUUUCGUGGUAGAUAUACACAUAUACAGUUAUGUAACAACUCAUUUAAAGAACAUUAAUAUUGGAUAUCGUAAUUGAUCCAACGGUGCUGAGUAAUGUAAUCGUCACAGAGAAGUGCGGUUAAAUAGUGCACCUCAACUCAAGACCCUAAAACAUGUUGGCCUAAUCAAACCUUGAUUUACUGUGAACUUGUUCUUGACUGUUGAUCGGAACAUGCACACUCUGGGUUUUAUGUGAAAACAAUUGCAAUGUUGCCAUGGAGAGCGAAAUCUAGAAAGAAGGAAAACAGCCUUGAGGCAUUAACCAAUGAAAGAGUCAUUUGUGCUGAGAGGACAUUUGAUUUGCCCAUUUAAUCCAUAUUUCUCCCAGCUCCCCACCGCCGACAGCUUCUGUAGGCCAAAAAUGGUGUGUAUAGGGAUAAAAGUGAGUGCAGGCCACUGAUGAAAUAGCAAAUUGAUUCAAAUGGAAUAUGUUUGAAAAAAUGCUGGCUCAGUGUUGCUGUCGGUGCUGAGAAAGAAAAAAAAGCCAGGUCAAAAAGAUUAUCAAUUUCUUUUUGACUGCGUCCAAAAUGCUUCUCAAAUUUAUAUAAGGACAAUUUAAGGUAUAGAUAGUCCUGUAACUGUAAAACAAAGUUGAAGGGAUGUUCUAGGAGACAGGACAAUUGAGAGGUGAACUACAUCGCUUAUCUCACGGAGAGAUUGAUAAAGUUAAUAUAGCUUUAUAUUGUGAAGGUGAAAUGCAUAGAUGAAUGUGACAAAGCCAUAUAUAGUCAUAUUUCACCUCAAAAAUAAAAUAAAUACAUAAAUACAGCAAUUGCAUUUUGUUUUCAUGACAAUUAAACAUUUAAUAUUUGCAUUGACAUUAUUCAUAAAAAUUAAGCAAAUAUUCCCUCAAAAAAAAAGUCCAUUGAGAUGUGUAGUCUGCAUACUAAAAAAAUAAUAAUGAUAAUAAUAAUAAUAAUAAUAAUAAUGGUAUAUAGUCGAAAUUGUGUUUAGAGCAGAAUGUAUAGUACCUUUAAUUUAAUAAUAAUAAUAACAAUAAUAAUAAUAAUAAUAAUAAUGAUGUCAGUGAAUGGCCGGAGCAGGUUUGAUUCUUGGUUCUAGGUCCCCUACAAACGUCACUUCAAUAUCCCACACAAUCUAUGAUCCACAUCAACAGCUGGAAAAGUCUCAGUUUUAUUUUUAAAAAAGAUUACGUUGUACAAUUUACAGGAAAUAAGCAAAAGUUGACAUGAUUAUGUGCAUUUGUGUGUGCGCGUGGAUGUUAAAGCGGCUCAAAAGCAAUUUCAAUGAACUACAAUGGACUGCAGGCUAAUAUUGUUCAUUAUUAGCCAGUUAGCUUGUGUAAAGCAAUCGUGAUGACUGGCGCUUAAAUUCAUGCUGCUAUUAGUAUUAGCCAGCUCUCCUUCAGGCAAUGCUAACACCAUGUCGAGAAAAUGUCCUGUCACUCUUGAUCAGUUCAGAUUUACUCUAUUGUUUGGAGUGGUGAUUCACUUUUGAAUGUUAAUUUAUGUUAAUUAGAGAAACCUAUUAGAAUAACUGUAUCUGAGGUGUUGCUAUAGCUUUGUCUUUGUUUUUACCUAUUUUUUUAUUAUUAUUAUUAUUAUUAUUGGACCGAAAAGUAUGAUUGUACAGUUUGCUUGUCAGUCCUCUGUGGUUUACACGGAAGUGUAUUUCUUGAAUUUUGUGCUGGUUUUCUUUUACCCAACACUCUGAACUGAGCAGUACGUCCAUCAGGGGCUUCGCAGGAAACAAUCCGAACCAGCUUUUAUAUGGAACGAUUAUGAACUCUCCCUUUGAUAUCAGGUGUUUUAUGAUUGGCAACAUAUUUUUGUGCUGAGGUGUCUAUUUAUGGUUGUUCUAUCAAACUGAGCUUGCUAAAAGUUCCUGCAAUUCAGAAAAUGUCCUUAAACCCAAUAUUUGUGUUUAGAGCUUUCAUUAAGAUUUUUGAAAGACAAAGUGAUCCAAGUUUUUCAUAUAAAAAAAACUCUUUGCACUUUUUCUGUAAAUUUCAGUCACUUUAUAAGAUCAUAAAAAUUCCCCCAAAUGUAUUUUUAUUUUUACAGUUUUUUUUAAUGUAUGAGUUUUUCAUUGUGUUUCUGUCCUUAACCGAUGGAUUCACUUUUGAUUGUUGUCGACCCUGUAAUGUACUUUAUUUAUGAACCGCGUGUAGAGUGCGAUGUGUGAAUCAGAUGUCAUUUAGUUUAUUUAGCUUUCCUGUUUCUGAAUUUAUUUGAAUCAAAGCUCUAGAUAUAAUGAAAACAGCCAUAUUCACACACUGGCCAAUAAUUUUGUUUCAGGAAAAAAAUGUGUUUUGAUGUUUUGUGAAGAAACCACAAACAGGAUCAGGGAUUGCAUAAAUUAUCAGCCCAACCAUACAUAAUUACAAUUUCAAUGUUGAUCAAAUCAGAAUAUUUUUUAAACUGUGGUCAAAUUUUUUUUAUCUUAAUGUAUAUACAGUAUACAGGUUUCAAAAAAAGAUCGGAAUUGCUUUUCCUCAUUCUUGUAAUUAUUGUUUCCACUUUCCAGUGUGCUUUGUUCACUCAUUAUUCACAGCGGGACCAAUCUAAUAUUGAAUUAAAAAGGUAUGAUUCCUAUUUCCCAGGGUUCAUUCAAGGGCUGUUAAUUGAAUCAUUGAUUCAUAGAGUCCAUGAGGUCAGUAGUGAUUUAGUCACGAGAAAUGUCUCAGCUUAUUGUGGCAUUUAGUUUUUGACUCGAAUCCAUGUUCAGAUUUGUUUUCUUCUUUAAGUCUGUGAUCAGUUUAUGAAGCUUUGUAAUGUCUGAGUCAAAUAUGACUGUCAAUAAACUUUGCAGAUACGUUUCAGCAAA